UUUAAAAAAAUCAGGACCCUUAGCAGGAUGGCCCCGUGCCUCACUUUUUUCUCAGCCAGGUUAAACGUUUCCCCUUUUUGUCAAAACUCUUCAAACCGCGCCUUCAAGGUUUAAAACGCAAUCGCUACAGGUUUUGGCGUCAAGGCUGGUGUAAUACAAAAUCACUUGGAACGCUUCCCACAUAAUUCUCAGAUCUGGGUUAAUGCUUGAUAUCUUCUGAUCAUUUUUAACAAAAAUGACCAAAAUGUUUGAACUUGGCACAAAAAUCUAUAAAUGCAUGCGAAUUUUCAUGUUUAUACAAUAUUGUACAAACUGCCACUAUUUGGUAGCCAAACUUUUGAUGCUUUAUGUAAAAAUAAACACGCAAAUCAACCGCGGUGAAAAUUUUCAAAACUACAGGUAAAUAUUACGGUCAAACUUUCAUAUAACUUCAAAACUUUAAAUUACAGUAAAUCAUGUUCUAAUAAUCUAGUGGCAUUUCAAAUUUCCUAUCUUAGAUAAUUUUUGCUAUUAAAUUCAAAUAUGCACCAUUCAUUUUCCUUAAGUUCUUUCUCUUCCUCCUUUUUCAAAAUUUGAUAAUGGUAACUCGGAUCUGAGAGUACAAGUUAUGCUACUGGGACAAUAACUUUAAUGCAAAGUUUUUAUACAAGGGCAUUCGUUCUGAACCAAUCUCGUUCCCAGGACAUUUUGCCUUAGGCACCCCGCCAUAGCAGCCCGGGGCCACAGGACCCUUGGUUAGUUCGUCCCACAUGUCUUUUUUCAAAAUUCUCGAUUCCGGGAAAAGAUCAAAAAUCAGGAUUAGAAUACAUAACAAUGUUAGCCUUAAGACAACACAACAAUUUCUCCACCAUCUUUAGGAAGAUCACAAAAAAUACAUUACAGAAAUGUUGGUGCAGCAGCAAAGCAACAGAACUGGAUAUUUCCAAAAUUCGUAAUAUUGGAAUAUCUGCGCAUAUCGAUUCUGGAAAAACAACAUUAACAGAACGAAUAUUAUAUUACACUGGUCGUAUACAAAGCAUGCAUGAGGUUCGUGGAAAAGACCAAGUUGGAGCAACAAUGGAUUUCAUGGAAUUGGAAAGACAACGAGGUAUCACUAUUCAGUCAGCUGCAACUUUUACUGCUUGGAAAGAUUACAACAUCAAUAUUAUUGACACACCUGGUCACAUUGAUUUCACUGUUGAAGUUGAACGAGCUUUGCGUGUAUUAGACGGAGCAGUGCUUGUUCUUUGUAGUGUUGGUGGUGUACAGAGUCAAACAUUAACUGUUAAUCGUCAAAUGAAGCGCUACAAUGUACCCUGCAUUGCGUUUAUAAAUAAACUUGACAGAACAGGUGCAAAUCCUUACCGUGUGACCAAUCAAUUGCUGUCGAAACUUCGGCACAAUGCAGCAUUACUGCAGAUACCAAUCGGUUUGGAAAGUAAUUUAAAAGGCAUUGUUGAUUUGAUACAUGAGAAAGCUAUCUACUUCGAAGGAACUUUAGGAACAGAUCUAGUCGAGAGAGAUAUUCCAACAGAAAUGUUAGAUGAAGUAAAAGAAAGGAGAAAUCAACUAAUUGAGGCUGUUGCUAAUGCUGACGAAUUCCUGGGUGAAAUCUUUUUGGAAGAACGAGUGCCGACCGUAGAUGAACUUAUGGCAGGAAUAAGAAGAGCGACUUUGCAGCGUACUUUUACUCCUGUUCUGUUAGGAUCUGCACUGAAAAACAAAGGUGUCCAGCCUUUACUUGAUGCAGUGGUAGAAUAUUUGCCAAAUCCAACUGAGACAGAUAACUAUGCUUUAGAUACAGAAAACAAUGAGGAGCGCAUAACUUUGGAUUCUGUGAACACAGACAAACCGUUUGUUGGACUUGCAUUUAAGUUGGAGGCUGGAAAAUAUGGACAGCUGACCUACAUUCGAACCUAUCAAGGUCAAUUACAAAAAGGCCAGCAAAUUGUAAACACACGAACUGGUAAAAAAGUGAAAGUACCAAGACUUAUUCAAAUGCAUGCUAAUGAGAUGAAGGACAUUACCCAAACAUCAGCGGGUGAUAUAUGCGCUUUAUUUGGUGUUGACUGUUCAUCUGGUGAUACAUUCGUUUCUGAGAAUGCCCCAGCAUUAUCUAUGGAAUCGAUUUAUGUUCCGGACCCUGUUAUAUCUCUUGCUGUUGAACCCAAAAAUAAGAACGAUGUUGAAAACUUUUCCAAAGCUAUCAACAGAUUUACUCGUGAAGAUCCCACAUUUCGUGUGCACGUGGACAAUGAAAGCAAAGAGACAAUCAUAUCUGGAAUGGGAGAAUUACAUUUAGAAAUAUACACCGAACGCAUGAAGACAGAGUAUAAUUGUGAAGUACUGACUGGGAAACCAAAAGUCGCUUUUCGUGAAACGAUUGGUAAAGACGUUAUCAAGUUUGAAUACCAACAUAAGAAGCAAAGUGGAGGUUCUGGUCAAUUCGCUAAAAUCAUUGGUAGAAUCGAGAAAUUUGAAGAUGAAGCAGAAAAUACAAAAUUAGAAUUUGUUGAUGCCACUAUUGGUAUGAACAUACCAAAAAAUUUCAUCCCUGCGAUCGAAAAGGGCUUUUAUGAAGCUUGCGAGCGUGGUUAUUUAACCGGUCAUAAAAUGUGUGGUUUCCGGUUUAUCUUAGAAGACGGUGCUGCACACGCUGUUGAUUCCAGUGAAUUGGCGUUCAGGCUUGCUACGAUAGGAGCUGUUAAGCAAGCGUUUGAUAGUGCAAACCCCGUAUUGUUAGAACCCGUUAUGGCGGUAGAAGUGGUUGCUCCCAGUGAAACACAGGGCACAGUCAUGGGAGGUGUAAACAAACGAAAGGGUUUGGUGACUGGUACUGAGUCUUCUGAUGAAUACUUUACAGUGUAUGCCGACGUACCGUUAAACGAAAUGUUUGGAUACUCGAAUGAACUGCGUUCGUUGACACAGGGUAAAGGAGAGUUUAGUAUGGAAUUUAAAAAAUACAGCUUAGCCAAUCAUCAGACACAGGCCGAUUUGAUCGACACAUUUAAAGGUGUAACAUCGUCAACAGCAAAAAAACAGAUUCAAAAGGGAAAGAAAUAACGUCAUUUUUUGUAUGACGCGGCGUUGUUAUGGUGGAGCAGUGACGACUGCAUUAUGUCGUGGUUGUGGUGAUUCGGAUAAACACGUCGUAUGAAGCCAUGUCGGCAUCAGUAUCGUUUCAAUCACCAUGUUAGUCAGAAAAUAACCUAUAAACAAACUUAAUAUUUUUUAUAUCGUAUUCUGUAAAAAAAGGUCUGGUCGAUAAAUCUGAUUGCCUUAAAGUUCUUAUAGCACACGUAAAUUAAACAACAAUAUUUUUAUUUUUUUUUUACCUCCUUGGACACAAAUCUUUAAAAAACAAUUUAUUCUCGCUAAGGUAAUUUUGUGCGAAUACUCCUUUUUGUAAAUUGAAUUCACAAAAACAAAAAAGGUGCUGCGUUUAGAGAAAAAGCUUGUUUAACGAGAGCGUACUCUAAUUCUUUUGUCUUUUGUUAAAAAUUACUGACUAGAGUAUAAAAUAUUGAUAUUUGGUCAUCUUCACAAAGGUUCCCCACUGAUAAAAACAGCUGGCAAAAGAUUUGCGCCGACGGAAUUUGGACCAUUUUUAUAAUUUCGUUAUUCAUUGUCAAAAACAUUUUGGGUUUCUUCCAACAAAAAAUAAAAGUCGUUCCAAAGUUUGUGGACAUUGUAAAGUUGACAGAAGCAGGUGCUUUAUUGAUCAAAAUGUUUAGGAAAAAUUUGAAAUAAAUGCAUAGAAUUUAUUUUCUUGUCCCAAAUUGGCCCAAAUUAUUUCCAUCCAUGUUUUUGGUGGUUUUAAUUUCUCACCAGUCCAAAUCUUUCUCACCAAAGAAUCUUGUCGUUUAGGGCAGAUAAAGUUUGAACCAGAAGGUUGUUUCAAUAAUUGGUCUGCAAUCUUGAGAUAUUUUGUUACUGUUUCAUCUAUAGCUACUUUUAAAUGACAAAGUAGGAAUACUAGCUAAAAAAAUUGUUACGAGUUUUAGGUGUAUAAAAAAUAUAUUUUAAUUUGGAUAUAUUUAUGUAUGUGUAAAAUAUAUGGUUUCUGAUCA